UCUAGUCCUACUCCUUCACACAGACAGCGUCAGUCGUCCUCACCACUCUCCGGUCUCCACGCGCACCACCAAGAAAUUGGUCCCACAGUUCCCAUGGGCUCCGAGGCCGAAUGCCCAGCUCCGGCCGCCGCCGCCGCCGCCGCCGAUGGCGUGAGCGGCGGAAGGGCGGAGAUCGACACGUCGGCGCCGUUCGGAUCGGUGCGGGAGGCCGUCGACCGCUUCGGAGGCAGCGCCGCCUGGAGCUCAGACCUCGUCAGGCGCAUGUUCGCGCCCUCAAAGAAACAUGAACACUCUAAAGAAGCUGCCAAUGUAGAGCAUCAGGCUGCACAGCUAGAAAAUGAGCUUGCCUUCAAAGAAAGAGAAACUCUUGAUGUGUUGAAGGAACUGGAGUCAACCAAGAAAAUCAUCGCAGACCUAAAACUGAAGAUACACAGAGAAACGGCUGAAACACCUACCGCAGUUAUGAAGUCUUGUGAAACCGAUCAAGUUUCUGUGGCAGGACCUGAAGAGCAGCAACCUGAAAACAUUAACUUGGAUGUGGAUAUGGAAGGCGUAGAUGAAAAUCUGCAGCAACCUUCAGGUUCAGUUUUAGUGGAACUUGAGCAGGCAAAAGCAGGCCUAAACAGAACUACGGGUGAUCUGGCUGCAGUGCGGGCUGCAGUUGAGUUACUGCAUAAUAGCAUAUCGAAAGAGAAAAUUUUGCUCGAGAGAGGUCGAGAAAAGCUUUCGGUUAAUACUUCCUCGAUUACCUCUUUGGAGGAUGAGCUGGAUCAGACGGCACAAAAGUUGGAAACUCUGAAGGAUCUGCAGAGGAGAUGCAAAGACCCCUCGGACAUUUUUAUUGAGAUCAAGAAAAUGACGUCUGAGGUACAGCAGCUCAGGAGCAUGGCAAAUGAUUCAAAAUCUGAAGCUAUGGUGUUGGCUGCAGAAAUUGAGCAGGCAAAGGCUAGCAUUAGCACAGCUGAGGCCAGGUGCAUUGCAGCCAAGAAGAUGGAAGAAGCACCAAGAGCAGCAGAAGCUCUUGCACUUGCUGAGAUCAAAGCUCUAGUAAGCAGUGAGAAUUCUUUUGAAGGCAACAUCGCUUCUGAUGGAGUUACUCUCUCGGUGGAGGAGUAUUUCACACUGUAUUCCACAGCUCGUGAAGCUGAUGAAAAUUCCAGGAAGAAAGUAGAAGAUGCCAUGCUGCAGGUAGAUAUGGCUAACAGUUCAGAGUCCGAGUCGGUUAAGAGGCUUGAGGAUGCCAAAGUAGAGGUUGAGGAAUGCAAGAAGGCACUACAAGAGGCCCUAAAGAGGGUAGAAGCUGCAAACCAUGGGAAGCUUGCAGUUCAAGAGAUUCUUCGUAGAUGGAAGUCUGAGAAUGGACACAGAAAGCGGUCUAUUGGAGGCUCUCCGAAGUUCAAAAAUGCAGCUCACCGUCCUAAAGAUUCGCAAACCAUGGAUAUCAUUGCCGAUGCUUCCGAUCGAUCCUUCAAGCAAACGUUGUCAAUUGGGCAGAUACUGAGUAUGAAGUUAAUGGGACCUGAUGGGUAUGACAAAAGUGUCUGGGAUGACAAAACAAGCGAGAUGCCAAAUAUUUCACUUGGUCAGAUCCUGAACAGGAGUGGUGUCUUGUAUAGAGAAGAUGUGGGCGCUCGCAAAAGAAUUUCGGGAAAGAGGAAGAAAUUUGCAUUGACAGGACUUUCAGUUCUCUUGGCAAAGCAAUCUAAGAGGAAGAAGAGAGAAUCCUUUUGAACUGAUAUAAUUAUCCCAAAAAGAUCAUUGUAGUGUUGUAUUUUGUAGUAUUACGUAGGUGCAAUUCAACCUUGUCAUCAGUAGUAGCUAAUUAUCAAACCAUUUUAUCAGAGGUUGUGUAAUACUGUUUUUAGGUCCUAUUAAAUGUAAUUUGCAGAAGUUUUUUUGCUGCUAAUCAGAGUAGAAUUUAACAGUUCUUUGUGCUGUAUACUACUGAGAUCUAUAUAAUUGGAUCUAAUGCUUUUAUUUUUCUGGGUUGAGCUUCCUAGAA